AGGCUUCAUUGACUUUCAUAAUCGUUCAACAAAACUCACCGUCGAAGCAACGGAGUCCUAUUUCGUAACCAAAUCACAGAAUUUCCAGCAAUCUUUUCACCGGUCUGUUCCGGAAUUCCCAACUUCCCUCGUUUUUCAUAUCCGUUCAUUUCUCCCUGGGCUGAAUUACCAAGACUUCAAUUCCUUCCUCUGAUUUAAACUCUCCCGGGCGAAGGGGGAAAACAAAAACGAUGGGAAAGAUCAAAUCUUUCAAGGAUCAACACACAUUUGAAGAACGCAUUCAAGACUCGAAAAAUAUAAUUUUGAAAUACCCAGAUCGAGUCCCUGUGAUUAUUGAAAGAUAUUCGAGAACAAAUCUGCCAGAAAUGGAAAAGAAAAAAUAUCUGGUUCCUGGAGACAUGUCUGUUGGGCAAUUUAUCCACAUCUUAACUAGCAGGCUGCAAUUGACUCCUGGAAAAGCUCUGUUUGUUUUUGUAAAGAGCACAUUACCUCAAACAGCCAGUCGCAUGGACUCCAUAUAUGAAUCUUACAAGGACGAUGAUGGAUUUCUGUACAUGUGUUACAGCAGUGAGAAAACCUUUGGUUGACAUAUUCCUCUGAACAUAUGGAUGUUUAUUUCUUCUUUGUUGUAAGUAAUUGCAAUCCACUGAUUCUGAACCUUGAAGGCUUGAACCUGCCCUAUGGGCUUUUCACAAUAAUCUCAUUUACAAAGAAUAUUUAUUUUA